AUGGCAGACAACACACCGAAGCAAAGAGAGUCCAUUUCUCUCACACCUGUGGCCCACGGCCUGGAGAACAUGGGGGCCGAGUUCCUGGAAAGAAUGGAAGAAGGCCGGCUCCCACACAGACCCUCAAGCCUGGCAGAGGGUGGAGGCAGCUGGACCAGAACAGAGAAGAAGCCCUUCUCCCGAUGGAGGAGUCUGCAGCUGACUGCACAAGCGAGAAGCUUCUGCGGGGAGCACCGGCAGCUGUUUGGAUGGAUCUGCAAAGGCCUGCUGUCUACUGCAUAUAUUGGCUUCCUGAUCGUUGCCUGCCUCCUGGACUUCCAGAGGGCCCUGGCGCUGUUUGUCCUCACCUGCGUGGUUCUUGUCUUUCUGGCCUACGGUCUGCUGAAGAGGCUUCUGGGGUCCAGGCUGAGGAGGUGUGUGAAGUUUCAAGGCCACUCUUGCCUGAGCCUCUGGCUGAAAAGAGGUCUAGCCCUUGCUGCUGGCCUGGGCGUGAUCUUGUGGUUAUCUCUGGACACUGCCCAGCGGCCCGAACAGCUGGUGUCUUUUGCAGGGAUCUGUGUGUUCCUUGUCCUUCUCUUCGCUGGCUCAAAGCAUCGCCGUGCUGUGUCAUGGCGGACCGUGUUCUGGGGCCUUGGGCUGCAGUUUGUGCUUGGACUCUUCGUCAUCAGAACAGAACCAGGGUUCGUGGCGUUCCAGUGGCUAGGUGAUCAGAUCCAGGUCUUCCUGAGUUACACGGAGGCCGGCUCCAGCUUCGUCUUUGGAGAGGCUCUGGUCAAGGAUGUCUUCGCCUUUCAGGUUUUGCCCAUCAUCAUCUUCUUCAGCUGCGUCAUGUCAGUUCUGUACUAUCUGGGUCUCAUGCAGUGGGUGAUCCUGAAGAUUGCCUGGUUGAUGCAGGUCACUAUGGGUACCUCAGCCACUGAGACACUGAGUGUGGCAGGAAACAUCUUUGUGAGCCAGACUGAAGCUCCGCUGCUGAUCCGGCCCUAUCUGGCAGACAUGACGCUCUCUGAAGUUCACGUUGUCAUGACUGGAGGCUAUGCUACUAUUGCUGGCAGCCUCCUGGGCGCCUACAUCUCCUUUGGGAUCGACGCUGCCUCCUUAAUCGCGGCCUCCGUCAUGGCGGCGCCCUGUGCUCUGGCCCUCUCCAAGCUGGUCUACCCAGAGGUGGAGGAGUCCAAGUUCCGGAGUAAGGAAGGCGUGAAGCUGACGUAUGGAGAUGCUCAGAACCUCGUGGAAGCAGCCAGCGCUGGGGCUGCCAUCUCAGUGAAGGUCGUUGCCAACAUUGCUGCCAAUCUGAUUGCCUUCCUGGCUGUACUGGCCUUCAUCAACGCGGCCCUCUCCUGGCUGGGGGACAUGGUGGAUAUCCAGGGACUCAGCUUCCAGCUCAUCUGCUCCUACGUCCUGCGGCCUGUGGCCUUCCUGAUGGGUGUGGCCUGGGAGGACUGUCCGGUAGUGGCUGAGCUGCUGGGCAUCAAGCUGUUUCUGAACGAGUUUGUGGCCUACCAAGAGCUUUCCCAGUACAAGCAGCGACGCCUGGCAGGGGCCGAGGAGUGGCUUGGUGACAAGAAACAGUGGAUCUCGGUCAGAGCAGAAAUCCUGACGACCUUUGCCCUCUGUGGAUUCGCCAACUUCAGCUCCAUUGGCAUCAUGCUGGGAGGCCUGACCUCCCUGGUCCCCCAGCGGAGGAGUGACUUCUCCCAGAUUGUGCUCCGGGCGCUGAUCACAGGGGCCUUCGUGUCCCUGGUGAAUGCCUGUGUGGCAGGGAUCCUCUAUGUGCCCAGGGGGGGCGAGGUGGACUGCGUGUCUCUUCUGAACCAAACUGUCAACAGCAGCAGCUUUGAGGUCUACCUGUGCUGCCGCCAAGUCUUCCAGAACACCAGCUUGGAGUUCGGCCAAGAGGCACUGGACAACUGCUGUCGAUUUUACAACCACACAGUCUGCACAUAGCUGGGACUGAGCAUCUUCCUAACCUCAGGGCUCAUCCAUCCCAGAGAGGCCACGGGACUCACCGCUACUCCCACCGUACAGCUGGGAAAGGGUGCUGCUGUGACUGAACGAUGCCUCCCACCCUGGUCCCAGCGCUGCUCCCACGUCCUACCUCUCUGAGCGUGAGUUCCCGUGUCCGGCCGGCUCCCUUGCCCUCCGAGAGCCGACAUUCUGGUCCUCUCCACUCCACUUUCCUUGGGACCCUCAUGUGCACCUGGCCAAAGCCUCCUCCCUGCUCCCUCCCAGGCACCCGAUCUGCUGGGUGCCCCCAGAAGCUGUCUCUAGAGACCUUCCUUCCCCCAGUCCCCAAGAGUGCUUUCCAAACUGGUGUCCUGCAGAGUGUCAUCUCAUUAGGUGUGAUGUCAGAGCGGCCCAGGACCCACUAGGUUUGGCACACUGCACUCACUGAAGGUAGUGGCUCUCAUGCGGCCCAUUCUGGCCUUGAGCUCAGGCUGCAGCAGAGGUGACCCUAUUCCUCAGCUGCCAUCACCCCUGAGCACUGGGAGUACAGGUGUGCACCAUCACACCUGGGCCAUAAGGACUUCUUAUUUGGGCUUUGAGAUCUCAGUGGGUAAAGGCAUCUGCGGCCAAGCUUGAUGAACUAACUCUGACCCCCCCCCCCCCCGGGCCCCCAGGGGGAAAGAAGAAUCAUCUCUGCAUGUUGUCCUCUGCAUGUGUGCAUGACACAUGCUCUGCUCCUCCCAACUAAAAAAAACAUAAAAUGUAACUCAAAACCUUUACUAUUUGUGUGUGUGGUAUGUAUGUGAGUGCCACCAUAGAGGUGCGGAGAUCAGAGAACAACUUUUGAGAGUUGGUUCUCUUCUACUUUAUAUGAGUUCUGGGGAAGCUCUUUACCUGCUGAGCCAUCUGCCUGCCCAAGAGCUUUCUUUGUUGUUUUUUGCUUGUUUGUUUGUUUGUUUGUUUGUUUGGAACUAAGUAGACCAGGCUGAUCUCGAACUCUCCAAGUUCCUCCUAUCUCUGUCUCCUGAUUGCAGGGUUUAAGAGCAUGCAGCAUUGUAGCUUUUUGUAAAAAUGUUACUUUUUGUUUAUAAUUCUUUGUCUUUAUAUUCUUGUACCUAUGUUGUUUGUGGGUUCUUCCGGUUCUUCUUUUCUCUGUCUCUUGACAAUGUUUACUCUACUCAGCCUGGCUUUUCCUGGCCCAACUGUCCCCAGGGAUCAUCUCUUCAUAGUCGGCCAGCCUAGUCAC